UUCGUAGGCAGAAGCAGGGCGUAUUACCGUAUUUGCACUUAGCGCAUACAGAUCAGUGUUAUGUAGUGUGAAGAUAGCCACAGUAGCGAAAUAGCCGGCAAGCGUUGCGUUCACAAGAAGUAUGGCUUUGAAUCGGAAUCAUUCCCAAAACGGUGGGGUUUUAAUAAGUAAUGGCGAGAGUGUGCUGAGGGAGUGCAAGAAUGUCGAACUGUCGUUCACUGACGUCACCUGCAAGACAGAUUUGCUGAAGGGGACCAAGAAAGGCAAUGUCUAUCUGACUCCGUACAGGAUGUUAUUUGUGUCCAGCAAUGUGAAAGACAGUCUCGGCUCUUUCAUGUUCCCCUACUACCUGAUGAAGGGCUGCAGCAUUGAACAGCCAGUCUUUGCUGCCAACUUCAUCAAGGGCACAGUAUCGGCUGAGGCUGGAGGUGGCUGGGAGGGCAAGGCUAAUUUUAAGAUGUCUUUCCCUAGUGGAGGUGCCAUUGAGUUGGGACAGCACCUCUUUAAGCUGGCUACAAAUGCAUCUCGUGCUCCUCCAGCUCAGAAUGGGGGGGCCUCGUUUGGUUAUCCCUCCCCUGGAGCUAUGAAUGGUUACGGACAGCCAGGCCCUCAGGCUUACCCCUAUGCACCCCCGCAACAGAAUGGUUUCUACCCGGCUCCCCCCGCACCACAGGGCAACUUUGGCUAUCCAUAUCCGACUGCUUCCGCAGGGAUGUACCCCACUGCCCCCACUGCUCCUGCCUACAUGCCCCCUCCUCCUCCCUAUCCUGGACCCCCCCAGAACUGGACAGCCCCCGCUCCAGCUAACCCCAAAGCGGCAGAGGCGGCAGGAAGUGCGUAUUACGACCCCAGCAACCCCCACAGCGUCUACAUGCCCACGGAGCAGCCGCCGCCCUACGCUCCCACCGCACCGUACCCCCCCUACGCACCGUACCCAGAGAAGAAGAAUAACUGAAGCAGUUCAGAGCGGUACCCCCCUUCCAGUGAAACACAUUCAUCUCUCCUGAGCCACAGCCGAAUCGCUAAACAAUAAAAUAAAAAUUCUAACUGAAACAUUACGCUGUGAGCAAAGUAGUCAAGUAUUAUCUAAUUGCGGGCUUCACGGGGAACGCGGUAAUAUUCAUCAUGAUUAAUAUGAAUUUUUCCUCCCUCUCUGUUUAUUAGAAGUAAUUAUGCGGAAAAUGGUUUCUUUCACUAUAAACAACCUCUUUGUUUCCUUCAUUAUGUUUGGGGGUGGAUUUGGGGGCCUGUGUGAAAUUAAAUACACUUCCCAUUUAUUUUCUAGUUCAGUUGAAGUGGGUAGGUGAAGGUGCAGUACAUGGAGCUAAUGGAUAUCAGUGUUUUCUGAAGGUAAUCGCCCUGUUUGUACAAAACUGAAGUGUUUAUAAGCGAAAACAUUUUAUAAAGUUAAAAAAUUUUGGAAAGAAUUAACCUUCAAAUUUAUAUCCUGAAUUUUAUUUCUGGAGAUGAGAGCAUUUCUAUUGUAAGCGAUGAUGUCUUUUUGUUGGAUUGGUUUUUUUUUUUGUGCUAUAGGAUUUGUUUGAGGAAUUUAGAAAUGUCUAAUAUACAAUAUAAUGUACAACAUUUAUGUUUUUCAAUCAUAUUCACACACUACUCUGUAGACAACUUACCUUUCCAUAUAUUUCUUUCAUUAUCUAAGGAGAUGCAGUACAUUGUUUUAUAGCUGCAGAUUAUCAUAAUAGUAGUACCGUAGAUUUGAGUAGGUCUUUUAGAGGCCUAUAUGAGAGCUACAUGGGGUUAUGGGAGGAAUUGUUCUUUGCACAAAGAAGUGAAGACUUGUGGUUUUGAUCUGGCUUGAAAUGCUUAAAUUAAUCAGUUUCUUUCUUACUAUUUAUAAACCAUUUUUAUCCUUACUUUUGACUAAUAAUUGCCGUCAUCUGCAAAUAAUUGUAAUAAUUGUUAAUAAAUGCUUACAGUUAUAA